ACCAAUUCAUUGCUUUUCCGUGCCGCAGUUACCGUGUUAGUGUACGGCCAGACUGAAUUGCGGGCGGGCGAUAAGCGAGCGAGCGAUUUUUUGCAAGGCGAUUUUUUGGACAUACUAAAAAUAGAAAAUCGCAGAUUAGUUGUGUUCUGUCGCCAGUAAACAUGGCGCCCUUAUCAAAACUAAAAAGAAAUAUUUUAAUAGACAGUAACCCCUAUAUGAAGUGGAAAUUAUUUUUGGAGAAGUCUCGUAGAUAUGGAAUACAUCCUAUUAAUAAAAGGAGAAAAAAAUUUGGAGAAUUUCACCACCUAUACGUCGAAUUAAGAGAAUACCCGGAAAAAUUCUUUGAAUACUUAAGAAUGUCCAUAAGCACAUAUGAUUUUUUAUUAAGUAAGGUUAAUAGGAGGCUUACGAAAAUUAUGACAAAUUAUCGAUCUCCUAUAUCAGCAGAUGAAAGACUGGUAGUAACAUUAAGGUAUUUGGCAACGGGUUUAUCGUUCAGAUCGUUAGCAUUUGCUUUUCGAAUGGGAAAAUCUACAGUAAGCAACAUAGUUUUCGAAACCUGCCAAAUUAUUUGGGAAGAACUAGUGGAAGAAUUUAUGCCAAUUCCAACUGAGAACUGUUUAAAGAAAGUUAUAGCUGACUACUUUAAUCGAUGGAAAUUUCCAAAUUGUUUCGGUUCGAUAGAUGGAAAACACUGUCAAAUAAGAUGCCCACCAAAUUCUGGAUCUCAUUAUUUUAAUUAUCUACACUAUUUCUCUGUCGUGCUACAAGCUGUAGCAGAUGCGGACAAAAAAUUUUUAACCAUUGAAGUUGGAGGCCGUGGUAAACAAAGUUACGGUGGAACAUUUGCAGGAUCAACGAUAUUCAAUUUGUUAGAAAGUAAUUUGUUUAAUGUCCCUCGUCCUACUAAUUUACCGAACACAAAUAUAGAAUUGCCACAUUUUUUAAUAGGUGACGAAGCGUACCCUCUAAAAUCAUAUUUAAUGAGGCCUUAUCCGAGACGCGGACUUAAUCCCAAAAAAGAAUACUUUAACAAAUGCCUCUCCACUGCUAGAAAAUGUAUCGAGUGUGCUUUUGGAAUACUGUGUGCCAAAUGGCGUUUUUUAAAUAAAGACAUAGAAACACUGCCUGACAAAGCUUGCAUACUUAUUAAGUGUGCUUGCAUCCUGCAUAAUUUAGUAAGAGACAAAGAUGGCGACAGUGAUCUCCACUAUCGUCACAUAUCGGAGCAAUAUCAGGAAAAUAAUCAACCUGCCUUUAAUGGAAGAAUGAAUAAUCGAGGGAGUUCAAGAGCAAUUGAAAUUCGAGAACAACUUGCUGACUACUUAUUCCACUUGCCAACUUAAUUACACAUCUACUAUGUAUUAAAUAAUUAUGUGAUUGUGUGUGUAAUUAAAUAAUUAUAUACGUUCAUAUUGAUAAGUAUAAUAUAGACCUGUGUUCAAAAAAAGUGUUUCCUUUACCAUUACAAUUACAUGCUUCGGCCACUUCUUGCCAUAAUUUAUCAACAGCAUUUAUUCUUAUAUAAAGGGUGACUAUCUUGCCACAAAGGUCUUCUGGUAUGAACUUCAGAUAUCAGGAGCUCCUUCUGUUCAUGUUUAUUACUGCUACACAUUUUAUUUCUUUUUAUUUACAUCUGUUUUACG